GUGAACUGUUGAAAUUUGGUGGAUUUUAGGCUAUUUCGUGUUUUUUGUGUAGUGUGUGAAAUUCUUGGGUUUUAUGAAGAUUUGUGUCUGAUACAGCGUAAAUAAGUGGGGACUAGGUUUUCAAGUGUCUUUAACGUACAAAAAAGUAUUAUUGAAAGAUUCUUAAUAAUUGAGAUCCAGUGACAGAAACAGUGUAUUCUAACCACAGCAAACAUUUGACAAAAACUUAGUAGUGUGUAACCAUGUCAGCAAGUUCAAUCCCAGCUAUCAGUGUAAACAAUGUUACCGUGGCAACAGCGAAGGCAGAGUCUGAGGGAAGUUCCCAGCAAUCAUUGGACAGUAUGGAUGACAAUCAAGUUUGGGGAUCCUCCCAAAAUGCAAAUAAGCAUUUCCCCAUGGGAAAAGGUCAAGGAAGGGAAUCCGAUUCAUCUAUUGUGUCUAAGGGAUCAGUAGGGUUCGUUGAGGGGCAGGUGGAGGGUUAUUUGGCAUCAGAUUUACACUGUCAUAGCUCCUCAGCAUCUAUUUAUGGACAGUUUGACCUGGAGAGGCUCGAACAUGAGGGAUCGUACUACAUACAGAAGCAGCAGCUGCAUGCUGCGUACGCCCAUACGGCGCUCGAACAUAAGUGCAAACUCGACAUCGAUUCCGAGCCAAAUACCGUACGGAUGACGGGAAUUAUCUGCACUAUUGGGCCAGCAUGCAAAGAGGUGAAGAUGCUCCAAAAGAUGAUCAUAGACGGCAUGAACAUUGCCCGUCUGAACUUCUCACAUGGAACUCAUGAGUACCAUGAGGGGACAAUAAAGAACAUUCGAGCGGCAGUCGCCCAAUUCAGCCAUCCCCGACCUGUUGCAAUCGCACUGGACACCAAAGGCCCAGAGAUUAGGACGGGCAUCUUGGAAGGGGGCGCCUCAGCUGAAGUCAGACUGGAAACAGGAAAUCUGAUUAAGAUUACCAUUGACGAUCAGUACUACGAAAAAUGCUCAGCAGAAGUUCUAUGGGUGGAUUAUAAGAAUAUUGUUAAAGUUCUGAAGAUUGCCGAUAGAAUAUUUAUAGAUGACGGCCUCAUAUCAAUCAUUGUCAAGGAAAUAGCUGCAGAUCACCUCGUAUGUGAGAUUGAGAAUGGAGGAGACCUUGGUAGCAAGAAGGGAUGUAACCUCCCUGGAAUUGCAGUGGACUUGCCCGCUGUAUCUGAGAAAGACAUACAAGAUCUCAAGUUUGGUGUUGAACAAGGGGUGGACAUGGUGUUUGCAUCGUUUAUCCGCUCGGCUGAUGGCGUACGGGAGAUUCGACAAAUCCUGGGAGAGAAAGGGAAGAACAUUAAGAUCAUCGCGAAAAUCGAAAACCAUGAAGGUGUUAAGAAAUUUGAUGAAAUCCUACAAGUGGUUGAUGGGGUAAUGGUUGCCCGUGGUGACCUGGGUAUAGAAAUUCCACCAGAGAAGGUUUUCCUUGCCCAGAAGAUGAUGAUUGGUCGAUGUAACAGGGCGGGAAAGGCUGUGAUUUGCGCCACUCAGAUGUUGGAGAGCAUGGUAACAAAACCACGACCGACCAGAGCUGAGACGAGCGAUGUUGCCAAUGCUGUGCUAGAUGGGGCAGAUUGUGUCAUGCUGUCGGGAGAAACUGCCAAGGGCAGUUAUCCAUUGGCUUCCCUUAGAAUCAUGCACAAGAUCUGUCGUGAGGCUGAGUCGGCCAUCUUUCACCACCAAAUGUUUGAGGAGCUGCGACGGGAAACACCCACUCCCACAGACCCCACCCAUACAGUUGCCGUGGCGGCAGUGGAAGCCUCAUUCAAGUGUAUGGCGUCGGCCAUUAUUGUAAUCACCACAACCGGCAGGUCAGCUUUCUUGAUCUCCGCCUAUAGGCCACGGUGUCCAGUUUUGGCCAUCACCAGGAACGCCCUAUCUGCUAGACAAGGACAUUUAUACAGAGGCGUUUUCCCCAUUCAUUAUGUUGAUGGAGUUAUGAAUGAAUGGACUGUCGAUGUAGAUAGGCGUAUCUACAAGGGAAUACAAGUCGGGAUGGACCGUGGGUUUGUCAAAGUCAAGGACCCCAUUGUUAUUGUGACUGGACAUGAAGAUAAAGCGUUACCAUUUUUCAAUGAAUCUCCUAAAACUAAGGGCCUUUACGCUGGACUAAAGCCAAUUGCACACCCCAGUAAAUUAGAAACUAUCGACUGGUCCAGUUGGAAGCCUGGAAGCGGAUCUACCAACACGAUGCGUGUGGUCACCGCAGUUGAUCCCAGAGGUUCCUCUCUCCUCGCCCCCAUAACUGGAAUCACCUCAGUUCCCAGCUUUAACCGUAUGGAGAGUGGCAACACUGAAUUUUCGGUUCCCAGCAUUCAGAGUCUAGGAAGCACUGGAGGAAGUGGGGACGAUAUAAAAUUCUUCUAAGAAUUUAGUGACUCCAGAUUUAGUUUAGUGACUCGAGAUUUGGUGAUUUAGGAUCUUAAAAUAUUAAUCAUAGAAAAUCUAUUUUAUUAAGAUUUUUUAAGAUUAAGUGACUGAGGAUUCUUUACGAUUUAGAGACUGAAAAUUUACUGAAGAUUCAGUUUGAUUUAGUGACUGAAGUUUCCUUAUGAUUUAGUGACUAAAGAUUACUGAAGAUUCUUUAAGAUUUAGUGAUUCUGGAUUCUAUAAUUUUAAGUUACUUAAGAUGCUUGUUGAUAAUUAAGUGUAUUAUAAUUUUCUUCAAUAUUGUUAUGGCUUAUAAUGUGGUUUGCUUGGCGGUUCAAUGUUAAGGUCAUAAUGAUGUUUGGCUUAAGUCUUGUGUUGCAAAUUUUGUAAGGUGUUUUUUUUUAGAUUUUUCACAAUAAUUCUACUGAGAAUUCAUAGCAAAAGUCUGCAUAUAUUUUCAAGAAGUGUACAGUUUUGUAAUGUUUAUAAUGUUAGAAUAAUUAUUUCUAUGACAUGAAGCUAAAUGUUGACAUGAGUGAAUAAUUGAACGGAUCCAUUCAUAGAUUAUAUGACGGCAAGAGUUGGUUUUUAAAUUAAAAAUAAAUUAAAAAUAAAUUAAAUAAUCACCUUAGUGCAAGAACUCGCUAUCUGCUUCUAUUUCUAUGAACAGUUAUUGAGUUAUUGCACUAAGGUGAGGCUUUGUUUAAUUGAUCUAUUUUACUUAAUUUUUUAUGAACAAACAUCAAAUGGCAGAUACAUUUUGAACAGGGGGCUGUUUCAAUCAAGAACUUCAAUUACCUAAAAUCUGUAAAAACAUCACAACAGCAAUAGUUUGUUUUUCCAAUUCCUCAACUUAAUGUGUUGAUUUUCAAAGUUGGCUUAAGUUCAAAUCACAAAAAUACAUGUAUGUAGCAAAAUAACAAAACUAUGGCACAAACAUGAUUUCAAUUAAAUACUGAAAUCGACUUAGAUCUGUAUUUGAAACAGCCACCUUGAUUUUGUAAAUAUAAGCCUUGCGUUACAAACCAUCCAUGAUUGCUUUUUUGUAAAUAUACAUUGUAUGUAUUAUUUAUACCAAUCUUAAUCAAUCUACCUUUCUAGCAGGCUAAAUACUUUUAUCUUGCUAUAUAAUUGUUGAAAAAGUUUUUCAUGGAAAUAAUUUUGUUUUUAGACUUGUAAGGAUUUGUUUGGAGACAGAAAACAAUUGAUAUAUAUUUAUUGUCAUGGCCAUACUGUUAUCAUUGACGCUGUCCUUGCCUUUGUCUGCAAUUUCGGCAUAGCUUUAAAAACUUAAUAGUUGAUGUAUUAAAAAAAUGCCAAAAGAUGUAAACCUUGAAAAGCAGAUUAUCAGUUAGAAAGAAAUAUAGCUACAAAGUAUCUACUUACUAAAUAAAGAACUUUGUCCAAUCGCUUGAUGUGUUUUAUAGGUCAGGGGUACUUUUAAGGUAUAUUAUAUAAACAUUUCAUUUUUUGUGUCAAACAUAUUUAAUAUGGUAGCUAGAAAUACUUACUCAAAACUUAAGAAUAAGACCCAUUUUGGCUCAUUUUAACAUGAGAAUGUUUUAACUCUUAAGUUUACAGUAACAAUGGGCAAAUUUGUAACAAUUCCCCAUUACUCCGACUACAACAUUUCUUAAGUUAUUCCCCUUGGUUAGAUAAUUGUUCUUGUAGUUUUAUUUAGAUUUGUUUUAUGUUGAUGUAAUUGAGAUUGUGUACAUAUAUUGAAAAUAUAUACUUCAGUUUAACUGUAUUUUUCAAUUAUAUAUCCUUUUCACCUAACUGGUUUGUAUUUUUCUGUCAAACAUAGAAGUUUUGUUAUAUAUUAAGGUGUUUAAACGCGUAUCUUGUUUUAAAAGCAUUGUUUUAAGUAAAAUUAGGCACUACUUUUGACACAUAAUAACAGAAACUACAAUUGAUUUGAAAUAAUAGGCACUAUUUUUGACAAGAAAAGUAUGGGUUUUUUUGGGAAAGGGUUAAAUUAACAAUAAAAGCAAAUAUGUAUAGUUUAAAAUAAAAUCUGAUGGGUUUUUAACUCAAUUCACAGGGUGGGUGUGAAGAUUGGUUUGUAAAAAUUUCACUUCAAAUAUUUUAUAAUUGUUGCCCUUUGAAAUGCAUAAUUUACAGUUAGUACACAUGACUGUUCUUGAAGCGCUGAAUGUUCGCAUAUCAUUGUACAUCACCCAACGAAUUUCACCAAUUUUAACUCAACUCCACACUAAAAUGUAUCAACGAUUGCUAUAAAUAUGCCCAUAUAUAUUUUCAACUCUUGUUGUAAAAUGUUUUACUCUAAUACAUGUAGUCCUCAUUUUUUUUUUCUUGCAGUUUUUAAGGUAUUUGACCCAUAAAUUAGCUAGGCUCACUCCCCAACAGCAACAUUGUUAAACAAUGUUAGAAUUGAACUUAAGUUUUACUUUGUAUUUUUAAGUGAGCGUAAAGGAUCAAGAAACUUCUUCAUAUUGUCUGAUAUCAUUCAUGUGCCAUGUUUAAUUCAUUGUUUUAUUCUCUUAUAAUAUCCUGUUGUUUUAGCAUUUGAAGUGCUUAUUAUAUAUGGUUUUUAUUUGAUUACUGUAUUUAUUUUUUCCUCGUCUUAUGAUUGAUUUUUGCCAGUUUUAAUAAUCAAUAAUUAUGUUUUUUGGUGUGUGUUUUUAAACACUCUUUUAUAUAAAUAUUUUAGCUUAUGUAUUGUUUUUAAAACGAAAGGAAGAAAAAAACAGAUGAGUUUUAGAAUUUGCUCGUUGAUAAUUUUCUGUGAAUAUCUUGUUUAACCUUUUCUUUGAAAUAAAUAAAGUUAAUAUAACUUUUUAAAGUAAGAUUUUUGUUAAAUAUUGAAAGUAGAAAAAAGUAUACAUUUAUUUAUCAAUUAUUUCCAUGCCUUGUGUGUGUAUAUAUAUAUAUAUGUAUAUAUAUAGAGGGAGAUAAUUAAACGAGUAAAAAAAAUCUAAACAGUAUUUAAUGAACAACCUCAUUUCAUGUUUUAUCAACAUAUAUACUCAUACUUAAUAUAUGUUUUUGAUAUUAAUUUUAUCAAAUGCAAAAAUAUUAAUAAUAUUAAAAUUAAGCCAUCAGACAGAUCUGACUCUUUUUGCUAGUGGUGCAACACUUGUUUAUUUACUUUGUUGAAAACAGUUAUAUCAUAUUAUUAAAUGCAAUAAUUAUUGAAAGUAAUAAACUUAUGGUCUUGGAAAUAUUUGAGUCCCUUAUAACUACAGUAACCUGUUUUAUGAUUUUAAGAAAGAACAUCAUUUUAAACAUCCUCCAUGAUAAACUUUUUGUUUGUUCGGAAAAUGUAAUUUUGAAAAAUGAAAAAAGAUAUUUGAAAUGUUUUGGGAAAUAUGGGCAUUGUUUUAAGUUAUAUUUGGUAUUGAUUUAAAAAAAUCCAAUGUUUAAGAAUGGUUUCUUAACAUAACAACAGAUGUUGUAACUUUGUCUUGGGGUUUUGUCAUAUUGUUAUACAAUUCACUUUUUACCAGGUUAAGAUGAUUUUUCACUCUGUGCUUGUUUACGGUACAUUAUUUUGGUGCAUUUCCUUUAGUCUUAUUUGUGUAAACUCCUGUUCUCCUGGGGACACUGUUGUUUAUAAAACUUUCUACUGAGCAUUUUCAAUUUAGGCCUUAAAAAUAGAAGUUUGUUUCGGGUAACCUGACCCUACGUAUAAAAGUUUCUGACACUAAUAUUUUUUUUAAAAACAAUAACAAAAAGGCUAAUAAUAUAAUUUCAUCAUAAAGAAGUAUAUUUGAAAAUAAAAUAAAAUCAAAGCAAUCCCUACCUGCCCUUCCUAGUAAUUUUGGGGAUGUAACCAUUUAUAACCUUUUUCUUUUACUCCUAAUGAAAAUUCUUUGAUUUUUGGCUACAAAUAUUUUAGAUACCCUCUAAUUUUCAUCAAAUUUAUACAUAAGCAUCUAUUAUUUUAGCCCUUUUUCUUCUUUAUUUUAUUUUUUUAAAUAAACAUUGCUAUUAAAAUCUAUUGAAAUUAAGCUUAGCCAAACAGCAAUGUUUCAGCAAGCUGGAAAAUUUCACUAAGAGCCUUUUUGAAUAAAGACCCUGCUCAUGCUCCGUGGUACAACGUUACAAUACAACUAGCUAUAGAACCAAUUUGUAUUCAGGUAGAAAUAAGAAUGUGUUAUUUAAGGUAAACCAUCCACCAUUAGUACAAACAAUUGCUUCUGAUAAAAGUUUCAUUUUAAAGUUACAAAAAUAUAUCAUAUCAUAAUAGUAGCGUUAUUAUGGUGUUGUUCAGAAAUGUGAUCAAUGCAAAAAUAAUACGUAAGUUAUUAUUUACAUGAAAGGUCCAAAUCGGUUAUAAUUAUUCUCUAUAUAUUAAUUAACAUUAAAACAUCAGUUGAAACUACACACAUCAUUCUAAGUUUCACUGUAAAUAUAGCAUUUAUUAUAGACUGAAGAAGCCUUAUCUGGUCAGCCCCUUGUCUCCAUUAAAUUCAGUAUUUCCCUUGUCUUACCCUAGUGCACUACAAAGUGCACUUCUGGUGAACUAAGAGUGCACAAGAAGUGCACUUGCUGUCAAUAUUGGUCUUAACAGUAACUGUAUAAUGGAAAAUCAUUAUCAGUGAAUCAUAGAAAUAAUCUCGAAUGAACCGACUUAUUUUUUGCAUCCUUAAAUGAUGGAUGGCUUACUUUAAAGAAUGAGGCAUUAUAUUGUAGUCUGAGGCAGCUGGAUCAGCAAAAAUAACAUUGAGUUUGCAUUUAACUAUUUAUUUCUUUGUCUACAUGAUCAUGAUUCAAGAAUGAAACUUCAAAUCAAUAGUAUUCUUUUCCAUUAAGCCAAGUGUAUGUUUGAAACAUACUCAAAUAGUUUUUGGAUAAGAAACCAUAUAGUUUUUGGAUAGAAACUAUAUACUUUAUUGAUAGAAACCAUAUAGUUUUUGGAUAGAAACUACAUUGUUUAUGGAUAGAAACUAUAUAGCUUGUGGAAAGAAACUAUACAUGAACUAACUUUAAGCUAAUAUUUGUGUUACUGUUAUUGUACUUGCCUGAAAUAUUUGUGCUUGGUGUCUUAUAUGGUAAUAAUGGUGGUAUUUAAUUUGAGUGAAUUUAUCAAGAUUGGAUUUUUUAAAACACUGUAGUUACGACAAUAAAAGUUGAUUUUU